AUGGCACUCGACGAAACUCCAGAAGAGCCAUAUGAUGAACUAACAAUCGAUGAGAGUGCUGCAAUUCGACUCUACACAAUGGAAUGGGAAUCCCCACAUCGAAGUCUUUAUUCGAUGCUUAAUUAUACACUGAAGAUGGCCAAUCGUGAAGAUCUUCAACCUUACUUUAAAUAUCUCAAACUGUUCUUAACUGCUCUUGCCAAAUUACCAUGUGUUCCAUCGCUAACUGUUUGGCGAGGAGUAACCAAAAAUUUGAGUGCAGAGUUUCCACCUGGUACCAUCGUGACAUGGUGGACAUUUUCAUCAACAACAACUUCACUGACUGUGCUCGAAAACAGUACAUAUUUGGGCACUUCAGGAGGGCGAACACUCUUCUCUGUCGAAGCCAUUAAUGGUCGAACAAUACGAGCACAUUCACAUUUUGUCACCGAAGAUGAAAUUCUUCUUCUGCCCGGCACUCAGAUGAUAGUUCAAUCUCAAUUGAAUCCAGCUACUGAUCUUUACAUUGUUCACUUGAAACAAGUUGUACCAGAACAAAUAUUACUUGAACCUCCAUUCGAAGGUAUUCGAAAUAUGUUCAAUAGGCUUGCUUUUAACUAA